AUGUAAAAAUCUUAAUUUAUAUUUGAGAAUAAACCAUCAAAGCAAUUUCCACUAGACAAUAAAGUUUGGAAAUUAAAUGAAAAUCCAACCAUCAAUGAAGAACCUUUAUUUACAGAAGAAUCAGAAUUAGGUUACUAAAUUGAAAUCAAAAGAAUAUUUAAGUAGAUUUUUAUUUUUAUUUUAGUGAUUCUAGAUGCCAAUAAUAUACUAAUAGCAUGAUUAUAAAUAACUAUACUGUUCAUUCUAUCUCAUAGGCUACAUUCAAUCACAUAGAUUCAGAAUUUGUAUUAUCUAAAUAUAAUUUUAGUAUUAAGAUUAUCUAACUAACCAAUGGGAUUAAUAUCGAUACCAAUCAGUUCUUUAAUGA